UGGCCACGCCCCCUUCCUCCCCUCCCCACCUCUUCCUUCUCCUUCCAGGGCGCAUGAGAGAUGUCUGCCACCAGCGUUGACCCCCAGAGACCGAAAGGACAAGAUAAUAAAGUGCAAAAUGGUUCACUUCACCAGAAGGAUACAGUUCACGACAACGAUUUUGAGCCUUACCUUUCUGGACAGUCAAAUCAGAAUAACAGCUAUCCAUCAAUGACAGAUCCUUACUUAUCCAGUUAUUACCCGCCUUCUAUUGGCUUCCCGUACUCUCUCAGUGAAGCGCCGUGGUCCACUGGAGGAGACCCACCAAUCCCAUACCUCACUACCUACGGACAGCUGAGCAAUGGCGACCAUCACUUCAUGCACGAUGCUGUUUUUGGACAGCCCGGGGGACUGGGGAACAACAUCUACCAGCACAGGUUUAAUUUUUUCCCCGAAAACCCAGCUUUCUCAGCUUGGGGGACAAGCGGGUCCCAAGGGCAGCAGACUCAAAACUCAGCUUAUGGGAGCAGUUACAGCUACCCACCCAGCUCUCUGGGUGGGACGAUCGUCGACGGCCAGACGGGAUUUCACAACGAUACUUUGAAUAAAGCUCCUGGGAUGAACAGCAUCGAACAGGGAAUGGUUGGGCUGAAGAUUGGCGGGGAUGUCACGGCCUCCGCUGUGAAAACAGUAGGCUCUGUGGUCAACAGUGCCGGGAUGACAGGUGCUUUAUCUGGCAACGGUGGCUCAAGUAUAAACUUGCCAGUGUCGAAGCCGACCUCUUGGGCUGCUAUUGCUAGCAAACCUGCAAAACCUCAACCCAAGAUGAAAACAAAAAGUGGGCCUGUAAUAGGAGGAGCUCUGCCUCCCCCGCCUAUAAAGCAUAAUAUGGAUAUAGGUACUUGGGACAACAAAGGUCCAGUGGCCAAAGUUCCAACUCCCCAGCAGAUCCCAUCUCCCCAGUCAGUCCCACAGCCACAGAUCAUCCAGCCUAUUCCUGCUCAGCCGCCUCCGCUGACCCAGCUGCCAUAUCAGAACCCUCAGCCACCCCCACCCCAAAAUCGGUGGGUGGCACCCCGUAACAGAAAUGCGGCUUUCGGCCAAAGCGGAGGGACAGGCAACGAGAGUAACUCACCUGGGAGUAUCCCGGCGAACUCCAUCCCUGGCGGCGAGUCCCACCCUGUUCUUGAAAAGCUGAAAGCCGCUCACAGCUACAACCCCAAGGACUUUGAGUGGAACCUUAAAAAUGGACGCGUGUUCAUCAUCAAGAGCUAUUCGGAGGACGACAUCCACCGCUCGAUCAAGUACUCCAUCUGGUGUAGCACAGAGCACGGCAACAAGCGUCUGGACAGUGCUUUCCGCUCCAUGAACAGCAAAGGCCCCGUCUACUUGCUCUUCAGCGUCAAUGGCAGCGGACAUUUCUGCGGAGUGGCAGAAAUGAAGUCGCCGGUGGACUAUGGUACCAGCGCUGGUGUCUGGUCUCAGGACAAGUGGAAGGGGAAGUUCGACGUCAAGUGGAUCUUUGUGAAGGACGUGCCCAACAACCAGCUGCGACACAUCAGGCUGGAGAACAAUGACAACAAGCCAGUUACAAACUCCCGCGACACUCAGGAGGUGCCCUUAGAAAAAGCAAAACAAGUGCUUAAAAUUAUUGCGACGUACAAGCACACAACCUCCAUCUUCGAUGACUUUUCUCAUUACGAAAAGCGCCAGGAAGAGGAGGAGGUAGUGCGGAAGGAACGUCAGAAUCGAAGUAAACAAUAAGAAUAGACAUAUAUAGCUUGAGAUAUAUAUGUGUAUAUAUAUCUGAUAUUAAAAUUUGAUUAUGAAAAAUCGAAUCUUUUUAAAAAAAGAGUACUCUGGUGCCGUAUUCUGGCAUCAGAAGACUGAAAAGCUUUCAGCUCCGAUAUCGUUUUGUGUGUGUGUGCGUGUGUGCAGGGGAAAUUCAAUGGUUGCAUCUUUAAGUACAUUGGAAAUUUUUUGUUUUUGUUUUUUGCCCAGGUGAAUAUGCGUUCAUUUGUAUCUUUUCUAUGUAAAAUGCUGUAGAAUCCAUGAAUAAAGGUGUUACCUGUUUUUUUAAAAAUAAUUUUAAGUUGGUUAAACAGUUUUCAUGAUUAUAAUUCUAUAUUCUGAAAAUAUGAGUGUCUCCCAAAGACUUCAGCACAAAUUAUGUUUUCUAAUCUGGAAAUUCACCUUAAUUUUGUAUCUAUGUACUACAGAUCCUCUUGUCUCACCAUUCCCACGAUUGUUUUGAUUCUUCAUGGUAUAAAAAAAAACCCUUCUCCUGAAUCUUUCAUUUUUAAGCUCAAUUAUAGAAAACCCUAAGCACGUAUUAGAAUUUUGACAUUAAUACAGCAAGCUCAGAUCACUUUGAGUAGUUUUCCUCUGUUCAGUUGAUUAUUGUUUUAACUGCUGAAAGUACACCUUUUGCUGUCCUGUAGAAAAGCAUAAUUCACAGGGCCGUUUCUCGUGCAAGCUGCAUAAAUGAAAAUUGCUCUAACGCACAAUUGUGCUCUUGCCUGACUCUCAGUCAUCUCAGUGGGGCUUUCAUGAGAAAUGUUCCCCAUGGGUUGUGGCCUUAACAGUGUCUGAAAGUAGUCUCUCCCCCCCCCCCUUUUUCCUAUUUGGUGAACCAGUGCUCUUCUGGGAGCACCUGCUCUGUAUCAUACUGCAAAAGGUGAGACAUUUUUUUCUCCCCUCUCUCCCAUCACCUCAUUUUCUUUGUAGCUUAUUGGUUAAAUAAUGUCAACAUUGCAAGGGGUUUCUGGCAAUGUGGGUUUUUUACAUUAGGCUGGUUUUCAGUGUUCUGUUAAACACUCCCCCCCCUCUUUUCCACUUCUCGAAAAUGCCAUUUGGAAUUUUAUACCAAUAAUGGUGAGCUUUAAUAUAGAAUCUUAGUACAGACACACAUGAUGGAUUAUGCUUCAGAUGUUUAAAGUUGACAAUGUGUGUAAAUUUUUUUUCCUGUUGGAUGAGUAAAAAAAAAAAAGCCUACUGUUUUAAGAAAUGGGAUUUGCUGUCAUGUUUCUGUGGAAUGAGGGAGCUGUUUUGAGGAACCAGCCACCGAUCGGAGUUUUCAAAAAAUUAAGCAUGAAUUCUUUGGUGCUCAUGCCUGUCUCUCUAGCACACCGAAGUUUGCACGUGUAUCGUAGAGGAUCUUUUACUUAUUCUUAGAAAGCAAAUAUCUUCUUGAAAACUUAUUUACUCAAAAAAAAAAAGGACCUCCAAUUUAAAUGAAAUUUAAGAUGUAUCAUUUAGACUUGUAUUUAGAAUAUAUAGCUUUGUCUCUGGACUGUUACUUAUGGUGUAAGGAGUAACGGACAGCACCGGAUUUAACUUUUUUUUUCCUCUAGGAGAAUACAAGCCUUAAUAAA